AUGCUUGUUUCUGAUAGUAUAGUAGGACUGGAUGAAGAAUCUGUCACAUCAGAAUAUGCCCCACAACUAGAAAGUGGAUUUGGAUUUUCGAUCAUAUGGUAUCAUGUUGCUGGCUUCAGAGCUAAGUACCUUGCAAAGCAAACGUGGCUCGAAGCUUCCUGGGUUACUUCUGUCAGCAAUUGUGGUAUAGAGAAUGUGCAAUUUCCCAUGAUUCGUCAGAUAAUUCCUAAUAGAGAAGCAUGGCGAAUAGAAGAAAAAGUAUCAAACCAAUUAGACCGCCUGUACUUGAAGUUUCUUACGCAGAAUCCUGGUUAUGAUGGAAAGGCAUAUGCUCAUUUAACAAUUGCUCUGUUUCUUCAUCAAUCUAUGCUUUUGAUUUCCACUGUCCUCUCAUACGACAUCCUGUGCCACCAAGAGAAUCUUUCUUCUCCAUUCCCAGUGGAUUGGAUGUGUAAAGAAUAUCCUAGGAGUGAAGAAUCUUCCCUCGAUAUGAGUCAACUGAUUGACCAACCUGGAGGGAACAACUCUAACGUAGUCAAUGAGGCCGAAGGUAUAGUACUGGAUCCAGUUGAUGAAGAAAUGAUGAGUGCAAGAUCAGCUUUGGUACAUGAUGAUGGGCUUGCUGAUGAUUUUUGCACGAUCUCGAGUCCUCUUGCAUCAAACUUGGAUGAAACCAUAUCAGAUUCAAAUUUUAUGCAGAUGGGUGGAACACAAGGAAAUGGCAAGGCAAUCGAAAACAAGCCAAAGCAACCCGUAUCUAACAUGUUGGCAGUUGGACAAGAUGAAGCACCAAAGAGUUAUACCCCUUACAUCAAGUACACGAAACUUGAAUUCAAGGUUGACACAUUCUUUGGUAUUGGAUCACCUCUUGGAGUCCUUCACUAUCUUCGCAACAUUCGGAUUGGAAUCGGGAAAGGGCAAAAAUAUUGGGCAGAGGAAAAUAUCAGUGAAGAGAUGCCGGCAUCGAUGUCGUCAAACGUUCAACAUUUUUCACCCCUUGAUCAGUUCAAGCACUUGGUUCUUCUUACAUGGACUUAUGCAAUGAUGCCGCUAAGACUUCAUGUUGGAAUUCCUUAA